CAGCCUUCCUCAGCGUCUGAUGUUACUGCUUUUGUUAAAGAUAUGCAACGAAAACACGAACUUUUCUUCAUGAUCGAUGAUACGCCGCCGUAUCACCCCUUUCUACUACUUCUCUACCCUCCCUCUCUCAGCAACCCCAUCGAACCAGCAAUUGCACCCUUCCCAAAUUUUCAAAUGCAACGAAACGAUCAUGAGGCUAGCCAAACUCGGCCGAGUCAGAGAUGCACGCCAGGUGUUCGACUCGAUCCCACAAAAAGACUCGGUUACAUGGAAUUCUAUGAUUUCUGGGUACAUCCAAAACGGCUUUUUAAAAGAAGCUAAUUCACUCUUCAAUGCAUUUGAAGGCAAAAAUGUAAGAAGUUGGACAAUUAUGCUAACUGGUUAUUUUAAAUAUGGGCUUAUAAAUGAAGCUAGAAUGGUUUUCGAAUCAAUGCCGGAGCGAAACAUUGUUUCUUGGAACGCUUUGGUUAGCGGGUAUGUCCAAAAUGGCGAUUUGAGGAAAGCGCGGGAAGUUUUCGAUGAUAUGCCGGAAAGAAAUGUUACUUCGUGGAAUUCGUUGAUGACGGGGUAUUGUCGGUGUGGGAUGAUGAAGGAAGCUAGGGAAACGUUUGACCGGAUGGAGGAGGGGUUGAAGAAUAGUGUGAGUUGGAUGGUUAUAAUUUCGGGGUAUGUUGAAGUAAAGGAGUACAGAGAAGCUUGGGGUGUGUUUUUGAUGAUGUUGAGAACUGGAACAAGGCCUAGUCAAGCUUUGUUGGUGGUUGGGUUGUCCGCAGUGUCGGGGUUGAAUGAUUUGGAUUUGGUUCUGAGUUUGAGGACAAUUGCGGUGAAGUUGGGGCUGGAGGAGGAUGUCGUGGUGGGAACCGCCGUUUUGAAUGCGUAUACAAAGAAUGGGGGUGCGUAUGAGGCAGUUAAGUUUUUUGAACUGAUGCCUGAGAAGAAUGAGUAUUCAUGGACUACUAUGAUAGCUGCCCUUUCACACUGGGGGAAGUUGGAUGAUGCAGUUGCCUUGUAUGAAAGGUAUGGUGAGAAUGAUGUUGCUGUGCAGACAACAAUGAUGAGUGUGUAUGCACAGAAGGGGGAUGUUUUUGAAGCUAGGAGGACAUUUGAUGAGAUUCUGAACCCAAAUGUGAUUGCUUGGAAUGCUAUGAUUUCAGGGUAUGCACAGAAUGGGAUGCUUGAAGAAGCCAAAGAAAUGUUUUUCAGAAUGCCAGUAAGAAAUGCUGUUUCCUGGGCAGCUAUCAUAUCUGGUUUUGUGCAGAAUGGAAGUAAUAAAGGAGCUUUAGAUUUGUUUGCUGAGCUUCUCAGGACUGGGAGUGUUCCAAAUUAUUGGGGAUUUACUAGUGCUCUACUUGCUUGUGCCAAUGAUGGAGACAUUGAGUCAGGUAGACAGAUACAUUCACUCACCAUAAAGGCUGGAGCUCAGAAUAAUUCAUUUGUGGGGAAUGGAUUGAUUUCAAUGUAUGCAAAAUGCAAGAAAAUGGAAGACGUUUCACAGGUUUUUAAUACAAUGAGAAUGAGGGACACCGUAUCUUGGAACUCUGUUAUUUCUGGGUUUUUAGAGAAUUGCAUGCUGGAUGAUGCUGAAGACAUUUUUAAGAAGAUGCCGAAGCGGGAUGUUGUGUCUUGGACAUCCAUUAUAUCAGCAUAUGUUCAAGCUGGUCAAGGAGAAACUGCCUUGAAAAUAUUCCUUGACAUGUUAAUUGUAGGAAUCAAACCAAAUGAGUUGACAUUUACUAGCCUUCUCAGCGCUUGUGCCAAUCUGGCUGCAGUGAAGCUUGGCCAACAGUGUCAUGCCUGGAUAUUCAAAUAUGGAUUUAGUUCAUGUUUAUGUGUGUGUAAUUCUCUGAUAACUAUGUACUCAAAGUGUGGGAGUAUUGAUGGUCUUCAUGUCUUUGAGGACAUGCCUGAGCGAGACAUUGUUACAUGGAAUGCGGUUUUGACGGGCUGUGCACAAAACGGGCUUGGUAAAGAAGCUGUCGAGGUUUUUGAGGAAAUGGAAGCAGCUGGAGUUCCACCAAAUGAAAUUAGCUUUCUGGGGGUUUUAGGUGCUUGUACCCAUGCUGGGUUGGUGGAGAAAGGGCGGGCCUAUUUCAAUUCAAUGACCCAAGAUCAUGGAAUAAACCCAUCAAUUUAUCAUUAUACUUGCAUGGUUAAUCUCCUUGGAAGUGCUGGAUUGCUUUCUGAAGCCGAAGCUCUUAUUGAAAACAUGCCUGUAGAACCAGACUCAGUGAUUUGGGGUGCCCUUCUUGCUGCCUGUAAGUUACAUCGUGACAUGGAAAUUGAACAAAGAGUUGCUGAACGACUUCUUAAAAUGGGACACAAAGAUAUGGGACUUACAUCUUAGAGUAAAAUACAAAAGUUCCUUGAAGUAUAGUAGAAAUACACUUACCCCACAAAGAUAUGGGAUUUUGCACACAUUGGGCCUAUCCAGCUUAUGAAGAGCCAUGGAACUUGUGGUGACUGUUAUUCCCCUAUGAAAUUUGCGUCCAAAAUUACCCAACAGAAGAUUAUUAUUUGAGAUGGGAAUAGAUUUUCACCACGUUUUGAUGGUUCAUGCUCUUUUGGAGAUUAUUUGUGUAUAUGGCAGAUGAGGAACAAAGCACCUUAUAUACCUGAACUGGAGUGCUAAUCAAGCUGAGGGUUUGAUGUGCUCAAAAUCUAGGUGGAUGAGAGCAUUAAUUAUAAGUUCAUAUCACAGGUACAAGUAACUUGUUGGCCUUUCUAUGCAGAGGUUUUGGGGAUAUUCCUAUAUUCCUUGAACUCAUAUACAAAACAAGUAUUUGACCAAACGAUGUUGUUACACUGGAAUGCAAUCAAGGGCUCCCUUCCCUGAUUGAAUUACGUUACAGCCCCCUGAAGAAACAAGAACCACAAGCAUCAGGUGGAUCAGUUGUGCCAUAUUCUUAUACUUUGAUACCAACAAGAAUCCAUGGGCUUAUAUUGAAGAAGGUAAGUGAGUGAAUAACAUGGAUGGGAAGAACCAAGAUAGGAUGCUGUGUUGAGCAAUAUAUUUUUGGUAAGUUCUUGCCAUAGUUAUCAGUGGUGGCUUCUUUGGAAAUUCUUUAAACAAUCACUGACUAAGUUUUUGGAUGCAACUGCUGAAAGCCGAAUCUAUGACUGUUCUGACUGCAAUCAAGGGCUCCUGUCCCUGCUUGAAUUACGUUACAGCAUCCUGAAGAAACGAGAACCCCAAGGAUCAGGUGGAUGAGUUGUACCAUAUUCUUGUCCUUAAUACCAGCAAGGAAUCCGUGGGUUCAUAUUGGAGAAAAAGAGUAAGUGAAUAACACGGAUGGGAUAUGAUGCUGUGUUGAGCAUCAUAGUGGCUCAUUUGGAAAUUCCUAAAACAAUCACUGACUAAAGUUUGGAUGCAACUGCUGGAAAGCCCAAUCUGUGACUGUAAGCCACCUGCCUUUCCAAUGACCUUUCUAUUUUAAGAAGGAACCAGGGGAGAGGGUAAAGAGGAGGGUAGGAUUGGUAGCAUUAUUGGACAGUUUAAAGGUGGAUGGCUUUUAAAGAAAAAAAUCACUUUCUUGGCAUGUAUUACAUCCUUCAACUCCUUUGAUUUAUGGCACAGCUCAAUUUCUCACUCGUGAGAAAUGUUGUACUGAUACAUGUUCCAUUCUUUGAUUCGUUACUGAUCAAUAGAGAUUUCAGCCAUCAAUUG